GUGGGGGUGUUGUUGGAGGGGGGGCACUUUGACGUAAACUAGCGGCGGUGUGGCACGGAGGGAAUGGGGGUUGGUUACCACACGCGCUUGUCUGGAGCGUAUUGUCCGUUCUCAAAGCGGGAAGAAAUGCGUUUACUUUGAGCCGUAAAACCGAGCUAACAGAGGGAAGAAGUACUAAUAUGCUACCACCACACCCACGUUUAAAUCUACGGCGACUCGGUGAAUAUAUUAACGCUACUAGGUGUUGGGUGUUAUGGCCUGUUGAUAACAGUGAUCGCCCUUCCCCAUCAACCCAAACCCCGUGGCUGUGACAGAAUACCAUAAGCAGCCGUUUGUCUUUAUUUUAGCUAGUUAGCUAGCGUAGCUAACGUUAGCAGGUUAUAUGUAGAAAGCUACCGAUUCGUAAUGCCUACUUGUAAACAACAAUCGCAUGCAGGGUGUAGCCAAUAGGAGAGCUCAUCGAUGAAGCAUACUGCAACGUGAUUGGUCAGCUCGUAGAAAGUUGUCUCGCCCUACGGGUGAACGUGAAUAAUGCAAGUGAAUUCACCCACUGCACGAGUUUCCAAGCCAAUUGGACUAUUAUUUUAAUAUUUAACUUAUGUGACAGUUGCUCAGUCAGCGUGUUACAGCAGGUUAAAGAUCCAAGUGUGGACUGUGACCUUUGAGCUCCACGAUAAUAGCCAGGUAACAUUAGUCUACACAGUCGGUCACUGUCCUGCUCCAGGCACCUGAAAAGCAACAUGACUUCCCAAAAAUCAGACACUGCCAUGUCCCCAAAGAUCACAGGAGAGCUGCUCAGGCAGCUUCGCCAUGCAAUGAGGAAUUGUAAAUUCUUCUCUGAGCCCAUACAGGCGUACAUCGUCCCUUCUGGAGAUGCACACCAGAGUGAAUACAUUGCACCGUGUGACUGCAGACGUGAGUUUAUCUGUGGAUUUAAUGGCUCUGCAGGUACAGCCAUCGUCACGGAGCAGCACGCCGCGAUGUGGACCGAUGGCCGAUAUUUCCUCCAGGCCAGUCAGCAGAUGGACAACAACUGGACCCUCAUGAAGAUGGGGCUGAAGGAGACACCCUCUCAGGAGGACUGGCUGAUCAGCAUUCUGCCAGAGAACUCCACGGUGGGAGUCGAUCCUUGGAUCAUCGCUGCUGAUCAGUGGAAGAACAUGUCCAGGGCGCUGACCAGUGCGGGCCACUCUCUGGUGGCCGUGCAGGACAACCUGAUCGAUGCGGUCUGGAUAGACCGCCCAGAGAGACCCAGCACGCAGCUCCGCACCUUGGGCUUAGAGUACACCGGUAUUUCAUGGCAGGACAAGAUCACUGCACUGCGAGCCAAGAUGACGAAGAGGAAAGUUACCUGGUUCGUUGCCACGGCGUUGGAUGAGAUUGCAUGGCUUUUUAACCUCCGCGGUGCAGACAUCGAGUACAACCCUGUGUUCUUUGCAUAUGCCAUCGUGGGGAUGAACACAAUAAGGCUUUUUGUGGACCUAAAGCGUCUUUCUGAUCCCGCACUGAGAGAACACCUGCAGCUGGACUCCCCCAGCAAACCCGAGCUGAGCAUCCGUACGUUCCCGUACGAGUCGGUCUACACGGAGCUCCAGGCCAUCUGCGCGGCACACGGCCCCAAGGACAAAGUGUGGAUCUGUGACAAGGCCAGUUGUGCUCUCACACAGGUCGUCCCCAAGUCCAACAGGUCUCCGAUUCCCUACACUCCACUCUGCCUCGCCAAGGCAGUGAAGAACGCAGCUGAGAUUAAAGGCAUGAAAGUGGCCCAUAUCAAGGAUGCAGUUGCCCUUUGUGAACUCUUUGCUUGGUUGGAAAAGGAGAUUCCAAAAGGUGCCGUCACAGAGAUCUCUGCUGCCGAUAAAGCAGAAGAAUUACGCAGCCAACAGAAAGAUUUCGUUGGCCUCAGUUUCCCCACAAUUUCCAGCGUCGGCCCGAACGGAGCAAUCAUACAUUACAGACCUCUGCCUGAAACCAACAGAACCCUCUCCAUGAACGAAGUUUACCUGAUCGACUCUGGAGCUCAAUAUGUUGAUGGAACCACGGACGUCACACGCACCGUGCACUUUGGGACACCAUCAGCUUUUGAGAAGGAAUGCUUCACCUAUGUUCUGAAGGGACACAUAGCUGUCAGUGCUGCUGUUUUCCCCAACGGGACGAAAGGCCACCUGUUGGACUCAUUUGCCCGGGCAGCUCUGUGGGAGUCGGGGCUGGACUACCUUCACGGGACGGGCCACGGCGUGGGCUGCUUCCUCAACGUCCACGAGGGGCCAUGCGGCAUCAGCUACAAGACCUUCGCCGAUGAACCUCUGGAGGCCGGCAUGAUCGUCAGUGAUGAACCUGGGUACUAUGAAGACGGAUCUUUUGGCAUUCGUAUCGAAAAUGUGGUUCUUGUCGUACCAGCCAAGACCAAAUACAACUACAGAAACAGAGGUAGUCUGACAUUUGAGCCCCUCACUCUGGUUCCUAUCCAAGUGAAGAUGAUGAGCACAGAGCUGCUCACUCAGAAGGAGCGCGACUGGGUGAACGAGUACAACAGAAAGUGCCGGGACGUGAUUGGAGCAGAGAUGGAGAGGCAAGGCAGGAAGGAGGCACUGGAGUGGCUGACCAGAGAGACCCAGCCAAUCGUCUGAGGACGCACUCUCGCGCAACCCGAUCCUUUUGCCCAGGAGUACUGUGCGAUCAAUUGCUCUGCAGUGAUAAUCGUUGGUAUUUUUCCUCAUCUUUCUCAGUGUCUCACACUCGGCUUCUUUUGUAAAAGACAUUGUAUCAGCAGUUUUAUUAAAGAUCAUUUUAAAAAUCAAGAAA